ACGGCAGGUCCGCAAUUGAACAAUAGCGUUAUCACGUCACAGCCAGUUUCCAUACCAAACGAUGCCACAGAAAUCAUCAGUCUGUGAUGCCUGUCACAGGCGGAAGAUCGAAUGCUACGGGUCCCCGCCCCCGUGUACUCGGUGCAAGCACCGUAGCAUCCCGUGCACCUUUGACCGCCCUAACCUGACGGCGAGGGGUACACGAAUUACCUCGGGUAGCCAUACUUCAAACGAGUCGCUCAGCCAACGCAUAGAGAGAAUUGAGCACGCUCUCUCUGUUGCUCAGAAGAGCUCUCACCUUUGUGAGGGAUUCUCAAAACCCCCUGAAAGAACUCCCUCUGUUACACCCCGGGCUUCCUCUUACGAACCACACUACUCAUCUAGGGUGAGCAUUCACUUUGCUGGGCAGUUUGUUGGCCUCAUUGGGUCGUUCACUGGUGUCCCCUUCAUCUCAGCGUCCGGCAAAGCCUGGAUAGAAGAACGAACGGGCCAGAAAGAGUCCGUCGGCAAGAUCUGUCGCAUUGGGCCCGACUGGCACGCCAGUCUUGGGCAGACAGAUCCUCUCCGACAAACAGCCAAAGGCCUGGGUUCUCUGCAUUUGUCGGGCCAUGUCUCUGCUCGCUAGUCGGGCAACACUCAUCCAUGUCAAUCUGGCUCUCGAUAGCCUUGGUAGCGUUCGGUAGGUCAUUUCAUCUUACCAACUAUCUAGGAUUUCCAAACUACCUUGUCCAACAUCUCGACAUCAAAGGCUAACGAAGAAUCAGGGGAAUGUUGUUCUAUCCGGUUUCGGCGGCCUUGAACAUUUUCUGCAACAUUCUCCUGGAUCCGCUCAGCCCAUCGGUAGCAGGAGACUUGACACUUAUCAGCUCCGCGUCAGAAUUGAUCAAAAAGCUCAUCGAGAGGUCACCAGGCGGCAGGAAUGCGACUUGGCUCCCUUGCUUGAACACUUUCAUCGUCGAGUUGGUCCACCUGGGACAGUCUUCCGUGAACCGGGCCAAGAACGGAAGCGCACAGGUCUAAAUUAAAUACACCGGUCUACCUAGUCUAACCUCGUCUAGAAGAAACAAAAAAAAAAAAAAAAAAAA